GCGAGACCGCGCCCGCCGGGCGCCCUGCCGCGCCAUGGAGAGCUACUGGGACGGGCCCGAGGGCCAGGAGUGCCCGCGCCGCACCUGGCUCACCACCCGCCUCGGCGCCGCCGCGGGUCUGGUGGCGUCGGCCUACCGCAUCGUUCUGCUGCAGCCCAGCUCGGCGCUGGCGGCCUUGCAGAUGGCGGCCACGGACAGCGUGACCAUGGCUACACUAGGAGCAGUGUUUGGUGUGACUACCUGCCUCAGUGCUCAAAUCCGAGAGGAACCAGAGGAUCCUUUGAAUUAUUUCAUAGGAGGCUGUGCAACAGGAGCUGUCUUAGGUGCCAGAGCCCACAGUUACAUGACUGGAACCACUGCGUGUUUGGGUUUUGGAGUUACAGCUGCUUUAAUGAAGAUAGGUAAAAAGGAGGGCUGGAGGCUCACAGGACCUCCCAAGCUGUAAAUGUAGCUUUUCUUCCCUCCAAGUUAUCCUUUAAAUGUUCUGUGUAAUAAGACAUUGUGCAAUAAAGAUACUGUCAAAUCAA